ACAUACAUAAAAUCUCCAUUUUCUUCCAAAUACUUGCUUCAAUCUCUCCACUCCCCAAACUCCAACCCAAACUCUCUUUCAAAUUCUUCCCUCCUUCCUCUUUGCAGCCUUCUUUGUUCUCUCUUCAAUUAGGGCUCUUCCUUUCAUCUCCCAACGAAGUCACUCGCAGAUUAUUUCUCGAGAUCUGCGCUGUAAUUAUUUGAUACGGUCCAUGAUGUCGGAGGGCGAUCAGACGAUGGAGAAAGCUGCAUCAAAUCAAUCUCCUCCUUCGAAAAUCUCCUCCACAAAUCCUCCCUGGCUUCUUCCGGGCCUUGCAGAUGUUGAUGAAAGAAUGAAAAAGUUGCUGACAAUAAGCGCUUCUGAAGAAGAGAAAGCCGGUGAAACUUUUGCUGAAAGAGCUGAAUGGUACUAUCAGAAGCGCCCUCAGCUUCUGUCUCUUCUCAAAGACUUAUACAAAGGGUACAUAAUCUUGCUCAACACAAAACUCAAGCACCCACCUCAGAAAAAUGCUUCUGAAUGCAGCACUUUUGAUGAGGAAGAUCAGUAUGAAUCAGACAUAGAGAGCACCGUUUCUUUCCAACAACCAGCGGCUCAAAGCUGGACUAACAUUGACAACAUUGUGGCUGAGCUUGUGGUGAAGAAUGUUGAGAAUGAAAUGCUGCAAAACCAAGUGAAUGAGAUGGAGCAAGUGGGGAAUGAAUCAGGGAAGAAGAUAGAGUUGUUGAAGAAGCUGCUUGAGUUGUUGGAAUCUGAGAGGGUUAUAUUGAUGAAUGAGAAGGUGAAGUUGGAAUACAAAGUAGAUUCUUUGGAGGAGGACAAGAGAAGUUUGGCUUCGGAGGCGAUGUUCAUGAAGAGAAAAGCCUGUGAGCUUGCUCGGAUUGUGCUGAGAAUGAGGGAGGAUCAUAGAGUUUGUAUUUUGAGUCAAAAGAUUGAGGAUCUUCAGGAGCAAAUUUAUGGGUUGGAGAAGAGGAACAAGGAAUAUUACAACAUGCUACUGAACAACAGAAAGCAUCAGCAAGAAGAGAAAGAGAUGAUGAACAGAAGCAAAAGCAGUAAGGUGGUGACUUUGGAAGGGAGUUUUCAGUCUCCUGAUAAGCUCAAGUUGAACAAGUCAAAAAGUGCUUUGUGGAAAAGUGAUUCUGUGAAGGGAGCUGGUGGAAAGAAGGGGUCAAAGUGGUGGGAAAAGGUGAAAAAUGUGGACUUGUUCAGUUGUGGCCUCAAUCCAAGUUGUACUUGAGUUGUUGCUGCAAAGUUUCUUCCACUAGACUAUUUGGCUAUGAAUAGUUUAUGUUCUAUAUGAAGAUUAUAUCUUGUCCUUUAUGUUCAAGUUCAACUCUAUUAGAAGACUGAUAUAUUCCUAAUGAUGAACUAUUUACAUA